AUGGACGAAGACGUAUGUCGCGUUUGUCGAACUGAAAGUAGUGUAGAUCAUCCAUUAUUUUAUCCUUGUAAAUGUUCUGGCAGUAUUAGAUAUGUACAUCAAGACUGUUUGACGAAAUGGUUAAAACACAAUGUUCCCGAAUUCAUUCCAGUUUUAUUGUUCUUUCGACGUGGUGUUCACCAUUUAAUAGGACUUGUUAAAAUAGGACUUCGUGCAAUGCUUGUAGGGUCUGUUUGGUUGAUUUGUUUACCAUACUUUACUGUAUGGGUAUGGAGAUUUUAUUUUUGGAGUGGAGAGUACAUAGCAUAUAGAAUUAAUGGACAAUAUCCACCAUUUAGAGCAGAAAAUGGAAUAAAUAAUUCUACAAGAGAAGAAAAUCCAUUUUCAAUAUUAUAUUUAAAAAUAGCCAAAGGACUAUUAUGGUAUUUACCUCCUGAAGUGGAAAAUAUUAUAAAAGAAUUUGGUGAAUUUACAAGAUGGGUUAAGUGA